AUGUCGGCUGCAACGGUGCCCGAAUCAAAAAUUCAUAAGGUGAAAAACCACAAAUUCGUGGCCCGCAUGCUGCAUCAACCCCAUUUUUGCGCCCACUGCAAGCAGUUCAUCUACGGACUCGGGAAACAGGGCUAUGAAUGCAUGGGCUGCCAGACCGUUGUCCAUAAGCGCUGCCACGAAUUCGUAUAUUGCGAGUGUGUCAAGGGCGGUGCUGAAGAGGUUGAUGCUGAUGCCUUCGAGCCGAGCAACGACCAAGAAAAUGUACCAAACGGAAGCGAGGACCCCAAAAUACACGAGGUAAACGAGCACAAAUUUGUGGCCAAAACCUUCCGCCAACCGACGUUCUGCUCCCACUGCCGCGAGUUUAUUUAUGGCCUCGGGAAACAGGGCUAUCAGUGUGUCGGUUGCCGAACCUCUGUCCACAAGAAAUGCCAUCAAGACGUUGUCUAUUCUUGCCGGCGCGUCGCAACUGAUAAA